GCGCAGGAGGAUUGGUGGGAGCGAAUCGCAGAAAAAUAUCCAUGUGGCAGAAUCGAUCGUGAUCUUGAUCAGCCGGUCAACGUUCAGUCUUCACCUCUUUGUUUCCGUCCUUCAUCUACUAUGUUCCUCCCUGUCCUUCUAUCAGCAGUUCGGUUUUCUCAGUCAUAUCCUUGCUCAGAUAUCAAUGCGGAAAUACCUGGAAGAGAAGGAAAACCACCAGACUCAUCCACUUUCUGGUACAAGAUGUUUUUCAGUGUUGGAUUAGUACUUGCUGGAGGAGUCUUUGCCGGAUUGACCCUUGGACUUAUGGGUCUGGAUGAACUGCACCUUCGCGUGCUCGCUACGUCUUCUGAUGACCCCACGGAACGCAAGAACGCGAGUAAAGUUCUAAAGUUGUUGAAUAGGGGUCGACACUGGGUUCUAGUGGUGCUAUUGUUAGGCAAUGUGAUCGUAAACGAGAGUUUGCCAAUCUUUUUGGACGAUGCUUUGGGUGGAGGGGUAGCAGCAAUUGUAAUAUCAACUGCAAUGAUUGUGAUUUUCGGAAUCAUUCCCCAAGCCGUUAGCGUUAGGUACGGUUUGUCCAUAGGUGCAAAAUGUGCCCCAAUUGUGCAGGGUAUGAUGUAUCUUUUCGCGCCUAUUGCGUAUCCUAUUGCAAAGCUUCUCGACUACGUUUUGGGUAUAGAUGAAGCUCACACUUACAAGAAGGCAGAACUCAAGUCCUUCUUGCAGUUCCACCGUCAAGGUGAAGAGCCCCUUCGAGACGACGAAAUCUGCAUUCUCAACAGUGUUUUAUCUCUAAACAACAAGAACAUCGCGGAAAUCAUGACACCUAUGAAGGAUGUCGUAACCAUCAGUACCGACCAAGUGUUGGACCACGAUUCGCUAGACCGCAUAUUGAAGAGUGGCUACUCUCGGUUUCCGGUGCACGAGCCUGGUAGACCGAUGGCCUUCGUUGGUCUUUUGCUCAUUAAGAAGCUUUCGAUAUAUGACCCUUCACUAAAAUGGCCAGUAUCCAAAUUCCCGCUCUCUAUUCUUCCCGAAGCUCGGCCUUCUCUCAACUGUUUCCAAGCUUUGGACUACUUCCAAACUGGACGUGCCCAUUUGCUAUUGUUGAGUACUACCCCUGGUGUUGAGGGUGGUGCAAUUGGCGUUGUCACGUUGGAAGAUAUUAUCGAGGAAAUCAUUUCAGAAGAGAUCAUCGACGAGACGGACCGGUACGAAGAUAACCAAACUAAAAGGCGCGCUCGUCGUAUAAAGAACCCCAGCGUUAUGCAAGGUAUUGUCGAAUACCCAGCCGGCCGAGUCAACUCCUCCCGUCAGAAUAGUUUCAACGAACGCACCCAAUUAAUACCCCCCAGUCGUUCCCAAACAAUGAGUCCUGUCGAUCAGAAUCAACUUCAGCCUCAGCCUCAGUAUGGCUCGCUGUUGAGCUCAACGCCUGUUGAAUAUCACAUUCCAGAGGAGAGAGAACGUGAGGAGGACGCUCAGCGAGAUGAGCGGCAGCAACGACAAUAGUACAUGCGUGUCGCUUUUGGAUGAUCUGGAUAUCGGAAUUGGAGUGGAGUGAACAGGAGGAUGGAUGUCAUGCAUCGGAUUUCGGACUAGUCAACUAAUUGUUUCGCUUUCGCAUAUUGGUCACCUCGCACGAAUCAGUUUUCAAUGUAAAAUAUGUUGCAUACCCAGCAAGCUUCUUCGAUCUCAUAUUGUACUCUAACGGAUCCGUGAGGGUAACAUAACCCAUCAAGCUGCUGAGUGCACUCGCUGCAAGAUAUGCAAAGCCGCAUAUGGCUGGAGUUACCUCCGACGGGCUUUGACCCGAAAGAAUUAAGGACGUUCACUCUGGCCCUGACUUUCCGACCUGCAUCGUUACUCGAAUCUCCACUCUCAGGUAAAGGUCAUUUUGAGGAACGCUGCCAGAAGAGACCGAAAAGACAGGCGGCUUUGCUUUCCUAGAGCUUUUAGGAGACGGCCAUAGUGAAAUAGCAGUUGAAUAGUCAAAAGCAUCCGGUGUAGACAUUGAUGAAGACAUGCACAGUAAAUUGUUUUCUGUCGU